AUGUCCAAAUCACCAGCCAAAAAACAAAAGACCGUAAAUUUCUCCCGAGAUGAGCCUCGAAUUACAGAUCCCAGAUUCGCAAACAUCCAAUCCGAUCCUAGAUUUCGACUACCAGGGAGGAAAAACAAGGUCAAACUAGACAAAAGAUUCACUCGAGUACUUGACGAUGAAGAUUUCACAAAGCGAGCCAAAGUUGAUCGAUAUGGUCGUCCGCUCAAGAACGAUGCGGAGAGAACUCGUUUGAAGAGGAAGUACGACUUUAACGAAGACGAAGAGCAGGAAAUUGUCGAGGACAGCGACGAUGACCAGCCCGAUGACGAUGACGAAGUCCAAAGGGAGCUGAAGAGACUCGAUACUUCUCGUGACCUGCUGCGACAAGGUAGAGAUUCCGAUUCCUCUUCCGUGACAUCAGACGAGACUUCCUCCAGCGAUGAAGACGAUGAUGAUUUGGACGACGCUGCUGAAGAUGAACCGACAAUUGGUCCGACCAGUCAAGGCGAAAUCCCCACGGGUGAAGUCACCUCUCGUAUAGCUAUUGUCAAUCUCGAUUGGGACAACAUCCGCGCCGCAGAUAUCAUGGCUGUCAUCAACAGCUUUCUACCUGCCUCAGGCUCUCUCCUACAAGUCUCCAUAUACCCCAGCGAAUUUGGCAAAGAGCGAUUAGAACGUGAAGAGAUGGAAGGUCCACCCAAAGAAAUCUUUGCAACCAAAGAAGAGGGGACGGAUAAUAGUGACGAGGACGAAGAUUCCGAUGCAGAAGCUGAAAUAAAAGAUUCCCUUCUCGCCCCAGACACAGGCGCAGAGUUUGACUCGGCCGCUCUGCGCAGAUACCAACUAGAUCGACUGCGGUACUACUACUGCGUGUUGACCUUUUCUUCCCCUUCCGUUGCCGAGCAUGUCUACUCUGCUGUUGAUGGAACCGAAUACCUGACCACAGCGAACUUCUUUGAUCUCCGUUUUGUCCCCGAUGAAACAGACUUCUCCACAGAUAUCCCAAAAGAAGAAUGUACAACUAUACCAGACGAUUAUCGCCCGAAUGAAUUUGUCACCGAUGCGUUACAACAUAGUAAAGUACGGUUGACAUGGGAUGCUGAAGAUGGAAGUCGAAAGGAAACCAUCGCAAGAGCAUUCAAAGGAGGUAGAAAGGAAAUUGAUGAGAAUGAUCUCAAAGCAUAUCUUGCCUCUGACAGUUCCAGCGAUGAGGCGGAAGAGGAGGCCAAUGAGGCAACACUGUCCAAGAAAGAAAUGGAACGGCAGAAAAUGCGAGCUGCACUCGGCCUUGCACCAGAACCGGUCAAAAAGGCGUCUUCCAAAGGCGAGAAGAAGGAGAAAGCACCUGUCGGAGACAUGCAAAUCACAUUCACAUCCGGCUUCUCCGCGCCCGCCGAAGAAGGCGAAGACGACCAGUCCAACAAGAAGAACAAGAAGAAGAACCGCGGCGUGUUCGAAAACUCUCCCGAACCAGACGAAACAACCAUGGAGAAAUACAUCCGGAAAGAGCGCGAAAGAAAACAACGUCGAAAAAAUAAAAAGGAAGCCGGAAAUGGCAGCGGAGACGAGAACCCCAAUAAAUCAGGUGAUGACGACGCCGAUGCCGACGAUCUAGGCUUCGACGACCCCUUCUUCACAGCCGCCGCAUCUGGAAGCGCCCCCUCUGCCGCGGAAGAGAAAACCGCCAGCAACCGACUACGCAAGGAAGCGCGGCUGAAGAAAAGACAAGAGCGCGAAGCCGAAGAAGCUCUGGAACGCAAACAACGCGCCGAGCUCGAACUCCUAAUGGUCGACGACCACGCCGAUCUAGACGCCGGAGACGACGGCGCCACUCGCAAGAUCCGCCACUUCGACAUGAAGGAGAUCGAACGCGCGGACAAACUUGCGCGCAAGAAAGGGAAAGGCAAGAAGGGCAAGAAGGACAAGGCGAAAGUGUCCACGGAUGCCGACGCUGAUGCAGACGCAAAUGGCGACGACGAUCGAUUCAAACUCGACACGAGCGACCCGCGCUUCUCGCGGCUCUUCGACAGUCACGAAUACGCAAUCGACCCGACGAAUCCGCGCUUCAAGGGCACCAAGGGCAUGCGCGAUGUGUUGGAGGAAGGGCGGAGGAGGAGAGAAAGGAAGGAUAGGGGCGGUGAGGUGGAGGGGAAGAAAGAGAAAACUAGGGAGAAGAAGGGGACGAAGAAGAAUGACAAUGGAAAUGCCGAGGGCGACGGCGAUGUCGAGGUCAGCAGUCUGGUCAAGAAGAUCAAGAUGCGCGCGCGGUAA